AAAUAAUAAAUUGUGUCUUCACUACACAAUAAUUUUUAUAGAUCCACAUACCAUUAUUAAUUUCUCGAUUCGUAAGGAAUCUUAUAACUUUUAAUUAAGUAAAAUGUCACGAGUUUUAGUAGGAGUUAAAAGAGUCAUUGACUAUGCAGUUAAAAUUCGUGUUAAGCCUGACAAAACUGGUGUGGUCACAGAAGGUGUAAAGCAUUCAAUGAAUCCUUUCGAUGAGAUUGCUGUGGAGGAAGCUGUAAAAAUGAAAGAAAAGAAAAUCGCAAGUGAAGUCAUCGCAUUGUCAAUUGGACCAGCACAAUCUCAAGAAACACUUCGUACAGCUCUUGCUAUGGGUGUUGAUCGUGGAAUUCAUAUUGAAAUAUCUGGAAAAGAUUAUGAACUUCUUCAACCUCUUCACAUUAGUAAAAUGUUUGCAAAGAUUGCACAAGAUGAGAAAGUUGACUUGGUGAUUCUUGGAAAGCAAGCAAUUGAUGAUGAUUCAAAUCAAACAGCUCAAAUGACAGCUGCUGCUUUGGAUUGGCCACAAGCUGUAUUUGCUUCAGCUGUGGAAAAAACUGUAGAAGAUCCACCAGUUCGUCAAGCUGGCGCUAUUUUACCAGACGUCGAUGCACUCGUACAAAAACUGAAGGAAGCUGGACAUGUUUAA